CGUAGUGACAAACUUGUACUCCGCACCUCGCACACGCUCACGGCGCACACGCAGAUCUUCUGUCUGUACACGAGAGAGGCAGAGGAUGUCCAGAGAGUGGUCAAGUAAACACUGACAGACUGGAUAUUUUGUAGAAAUCAAAGCAGAUAGGAAGGUUUGUAUCUGCGACAUAAACGCCGCUGACUCGCUGAACACUCAGAACAGUUCGCUUCAACGUUUGCAAGCGUCGCUUUCACAAGGGUGGCAGAAAGCCCGGGGGAAACAUCGAAAUGUGGGAACAGGAGGAAUUUGCUAAACACUGGAGGAAUGAAUUUCCCCACGGAGAAGUGCCUGAAAUGGACCUGAACUCAGUGGAGGACAUCGAGUCAGAGCUGGAGUCAUGCAAAGGGAACCUGAAGAGGCUGCAGAAGGCGCUGGCGGAGGAGAAAUUCAAGGUGAUUUACCUGCAGACCACCAUGUCUCGACAGAAGAAGAACCACCCGGAUGAAAACUUUAACGCUGAAACAUUCGGUUAUAUCAAAACGGGAAAUAUGAUCAAACCGCAGCGGAGAGAUGAUGAAGGUGACGGUCACAGGAUGUACAAGGUGUCCGACUCUGGAUCAGGCGUGAGGCUCCACACUGCAGGUAACACAGCGGGAGUCACGAGCUCCUUCGCCCGGGAGAGGGGCAGGUUCACCGGGAAGACAGGUAAGCCCGUCCCCAUCCCUGUCCCGCCGCGGAAGCCCAAUUUCCAGAGACCGGACCUGGCCCAGAGUCAGCCGAAUGAUAACGAGUUGAGCAGUGACCGGGAGUACGAGGACACUGAGCUGAACGAAAAUUUUGUCAGGAAUAACUUGUUGGCUCCGAAAAUCGUCGGUAGGGACAACCAGGUGACCUCCAGCAGCAGCUACCGGGACAAUCGGCGGCCAUUCCGGCACAGCAGGGACUUUGACUCCGGGGAUGACGGCAGGCUGUCCCCGUCCUUCCAGCAGAUUCUACGCAGAGCCUCCCGGGGGUCUGGGUGCAGCACCCCGGACAGGAGGAGCGAUGGAUACCUGAGCUCCGACCAUGACGACUCCUCCUCAGCAGGUGGAGGAAUCAGGGGAGGUAGAGUGUACAGCAUAACCUGUCAGGACUUUAACUACAACACAGAUGGCUACGAGGGGGACGCAGCAGAGGACGGCAAGUCUCAGGAUGGCUCUGAGACGCUGCCCUAUAUAGAUGAGUCGCCCACCAUGUCCCCCCAGCUGUGUGCGCCCCAAGGGCCUGAUGGAGAGACGGUCUCCCCCACACCACCCGAGGGCCUGCUGGCAGGGGGAGACACAGAGAAAGGACUGGAGAUGAAGAAACUGGUGCUGUCUGGGUUCCUAGCCAGUGAGGAGAUCUACAUUAACCAGCUGGAGGCCCUGCUACUGCCAAUGCGUCCUCUGAAAGCCACAGCCACAACCUCGCAGCCUGUCCUGACCAUCCAGCAGGUAGAGACCAUCUUCUAUAAAAUCCAGGACAUCUUUGAGAUCCACAAGGAGUUCUACGAUGCCCUCUUACCCAACAUCCAGCAGUGGGAUGAGAAAGUCACUGUUGGACAUCUGUUCCAGAAACUGGCCAGCCAGUUGGGAGUGUACAAGGCCUUUGUGGACAACUACAAGGUGGCACUAGAGACAGCAGAGAAAUGCAGCCAAGCCAACAGUCAGUUCCAGAAGAUAUCUGAGAACCUCAAAGUAAAAGGACCUAAAGACUCCAAAGAUUGUACCUCAACUGUUUCAAUGGAGGCUCUCCUUUACAAGCCCAUCGACCGUGUUACCAGAAGCACCCUGGUCUUGCAUGAUUUGCUGAAACACACUCCCAAGGAUCAUCCAGACUUCCCCCUCCUGCAGGAUGCUUUGAGGAUAUCUCAGAACUUUCUCUCCUCCAUCAAUGAGGAGAUUGACCCUCGCAGGACAGCUGUCACAACACCCAAGGGAGAGGCCCGCCAGCUGGUGAAAGAUGGCUUCCUGGUGGAGGUGUCAGAAAGCUCCAGGAAGCUACGGCACGUCUUCCUCUUCACUGAUCUGCUGCUCUGUGCCAAGAUGAAGAAAACUGCUGUGGGUCGUCAUCAGCAGUAUGAGUGCAAGUGGUACAUCCCUCUGGCAGACCUGACCUUCCAGACCCUGGACGAAUCCGACUCUUGUCCCAGCAUCCAAGUUCUGCCUGAGCAUGAGAUCGAGGAGAUGAAGAUCAAGAUCUCAGUCCUAAAGAGCGAGAUACAGAAAGAGAGGAAAGCACCCAAGGGUCAGAGCCGCGUGGAGCGUCUGAGGAAGAAGAUGAACGAGCAGGAAUCUUGGCUGCUCCUGCAUUCGCCCACCAUCCCCUUCCGCAUCCACAACAAACAUGGAAAGAGCUACCAGUUCCUCCUCUCCUCAGAUUACGAGAGGUCAGAGUGGAGAGAAAGCAUCCAGAAACUACAGAAGAAAGAUCUGCAGGCAUGUGUAUUAAGUUCUGUGGAACUCCAGGUCCUGACCAGCUCCUGUUUCAAACUCCGAACUGUCCACAACAUUCCUGUCACCAGUAACAAAGAUGAUGAGGAGACUCCUGGCCUGUACGGCUUUCUGCAUGUGAUCGUCCACUCGGCCAAAGGAUUCAAGGAAUCAGCCAAUCUAUACUGCACCCUUGAAGUGGACUCGUAUGGAUACUUUGUCAGCAAGGCCAAGACGCGUGUCUUCAGAGACACUUCAGAGCCACAGUGGAAUGAAGAGUUUGAGAUUGAAUUGGAGGGCUCCCAGUACCUGCGGAUCCUAUGCUACGAGAAGUGCUACGACAAAAGCAUGCUCAACAAGGACGACAACGAGAUUGUGGACAAGAUCAUGGGGAAGGGACAAGUCCAGCUGGAUCCUCAGACGCUGCAGUCAAAGAACUGGCACAUGGACGUCAUAGAGAUGAAUGGGAUCAAAGUGGAGUUCUCCAUGAAGUUUACAAGUCGCGACCUCAGCUUAAAAAGAACGCCGUCCAAAAAACAGAGUGGGGUGUUUGGAGUCAAAAUCAACGUGGUGACAAAGCGCGAGCGCUCCAAGGUGCCUUACAUCGUCCGUCAGUGCAUUGAGGAGGUGGAGAAGAGGGGGAUUGAUGAAGUGGGAAUCUACAGGAUCUCAGGGGUGGCCACAGAUAUACAGGCCCUCAAAACAGCAUUCGACACCAAUACCAAAGAUAUCCUGGUGAUGCUGAGUGACAUGGACAUCAACGCCAUCGCAGGAACGCUGAAGCUCUAUUUCAGGGAGCUGCCCGAGCCUCUGCUCACCGACCGCCUCUACCCCGCCUUUAUGGAGGGCAUAGCGCUCUCAGACCCGGCAGCCAAGGAGAACUGCAUGAUGCACCUCCUGCGCUCCCUACCUGACCCCAACCUCAUGACCUUCCUCACUCUGCUGGAGCAUCUCAAACGUCAGGCCACCAGUGAGUAUCCAAAGUGA